GACUUUUGUGCUAAUCAUUUUCCCAAGCGCCUUAAGCUGCCCAGAUACUAAUACAGAUCGAUGAAGAACCUAUCAAAAAUUUGCGUUUAUGGUAUGGACAAUCCCCAGGAUAUGUAGUCGGAGUUUUAGUUUAAACUUGAUCUAAGAGAAGGCAAGGAAAGUUUUAGGUCGAACGCAAAAAUGAUAAUAUUUAAACAGAAAGAAAAACUAAUCUUAUAUAACUGAAUUACGUACUAAUGAUACAUAUGUGUUUUGUAAACUUAAUUAAUGGACGUAAUGUGCAAAGUUUUAGGGAUCGCUAAGCAGUUCGAUUAGAGUACAUAGAUCGUAUUCGAGCUGUGGACGAGCCCUAAUAGCGUAAACUUAAACUCAACGAUAACUUAAAACGGAACUCAAAGUGGUCAACUCUCUUUUUAUAUAUAUAUAUAUAUACGUAUAUUAAUAACACCAACUAUCUAUAUCAAAACUAAAUUUAACGAUUUGCUAAUCAAAAUAUUUGAUGCCUUAAAUGAUUUUUAAAAGUUUUAAGAACCUAAUUUGUAUAAUAGAAAGCAAGUUAGUGUUGGAAAAGGCACGAUAUGCGAUCUGCUAAGCUUGUAGAUAACACUAAAAAGUCCAUUAUAUUUUAACUAAAUAUACAUAUGUAAUACUAUAUCUGUGCCCCAUAGCAUAUAAUUUUAAAUGUAAUUUACACCAAGCAAGUGUAUGAAAUAUUACUAAAAAUAAUAAAAAGAAUUUUAUAAAACAUUUCAAAGAAAUGAGCUAAGCAUUUCUUUCAAAUUAAUCAAGUGCCAGAAACGCACCCGUAAAAAAUAUAAAUAAUCAUAAUUGCUGGAUGAGGAUGAGGAAAGCUUUGUCAAAACAGGUUCUGAAAUAUUACGUUAAGUCAUCACAGCUGUUGGAUUCGAUUGAAAACGGGUUGGUAACUUCCGAAGUUCUCUCAAAUCGUAUAAAAGCCCCUGACAAGGCCCAGUUCAGGACACAGAAGUCCAACAAGUCGAAGUCGAAGAUGAUGGGAAAGGUGCUCCUUUUGGUAUUGGCCACAGUGCUGCUGUGUUCCGCAUUUGUCACAGCGCAGGUGAAGCCAAGUGCAGAGAUCGGUCGGGUUACUGUCCAAGUGCCGUUGCUGUCAAAUGGAAAGCCCGUUAUGACUCAGGAUAAGGAUAAGGUGGAGGUGGCGCAUGUGGUGGAACUGAAGCCGGGCAAGGUGGUAGGCGAGGAGGUGCUGGUGCCGCCCACAGUUAAGGUGCCGCCGGCCAAGGUGCGAAAUAUGAGAGCUAUUGUCGAAACGGUGAAUCCUGGAGUACCCAAUCAUGGUAUACCCAAUCCUGGCGUACCAAAUCAUGUUAUACCUAACCCGGGAGUCGAGAACGACGGCUUGCCCAAUUCUGGCGUACCAAAUCAUGGCAUACCCAAGCCAGGUGUCCCCAAUGUAGGUAUCCCCAAUCCAGGUAUUCCCCAUCCAGGAAAUCCAAAUACCAGCACACAAAGCGCCACCUCGGAAGUUGAACCCGUUGUCGUUGCACCACCCAGCACCACGCAUACACCAGAUGUGUCGACCAAGCGCAUGCCCUCCAAGAACUGUCAUCAGCUGCUAUUGGCUGGCACCACAGGCCCAUCCGUGGCGGUACCAGUUCCUCCAACUCCCGUUGAGAACUGCGAUAGGCUGUGCACCAAGUUUGAGCUGAAUCCUAUUUGCGCCCACAAUGGCAUCUGCAUCCAUGAGUUCCCCAAUCAAUGCAUAAUGGACACCUUCAAUUGUAAACAUCGCGAUUUGUCCUUCCGUGCUGUGGAUGAGGAUGUCUGCCGCAUGGGCUUAUGCGCUCGUCGCUGCAAAGAGGAGGAUCUUAAGAUGUAA